CAGUAUUGGUUGUUGGCGGUAAAAAUAAACAAACUGAGAUCAUUUGCGAGAUCUUGUUCAAGUUUGAAGCAGUUUUUCGCCAAAACGAAACUAAGGAAUGGAAGAUCCAACCUUCAAAUUGGAAACAGUGAAAAAGCUAUUGCAGCAGUUUUUUCGUGACAAACAGAAGACGAAAUGUAAUGGAGAUGCUCUAAAGCUAAUGGCAGAAUUGUUAAGGAUCUUUGUUGCAGAGGGAGCUGCCAGGGCUGGACAGCAAGCAAAGGUAGAAUCCUCUCCGACGGUAGAAACAGAACAUUUGGAAAAGAUUCUGCCCCAGCUGCUUCUUGACUUCUAAUUUUCAACAACAACUGCUUCCUUAAAGGGAAUCAUGGAACACUGCUGUUUGCACUGUAUUUACAGUUUGUCUACUUUUAAAAACCCUCAGAGUGACUGAAUUAGUAAUGGUCGCAUUUUCUUAAAGGACUCAAAUACUCUCAUAUUCUCAGCAGAGAUGUAAUGAUUUAAGUAGGUAUAUGGUAUAUAUCUAAAUGUUUAAUCUCUAAGUGUAGCAAACUGUAAUUUCUGGUUCUGUUUUUGUAUGACGAUAAGAUGAAUUGCUAUUAAUGAUUAUGUAAUAGGCUGAAUUGUGCAUGCAUUUGGACUGGUUCUUACUUAUGAUGUAUGAAGUACAGAUACAUAGAUGAAUUCACCAUUAACAGCUAUAGUACUGCUCUAAUUUCCUUUAAUACUUUUGCAGUAAAUGGUUUAGACGGGGGGGGGGGGGGUAACGUGAAAGGGUAGUGUGAUAAUGUCUGGGUGAGUGUUGUCCUGAGAAGGACUGUUGCUGAUGGUGGUGAUCGACUGACGUUUCGACAACCCGUGUGAAAGUCAUCAUCAGAG